AUGUGUGAGCAAGGAACUUCUGAGUCUCUAUCUGACUAUGUCAAGAGACUAGAGUCUACUGUUACUGAGCUGCAUCUAAUGGGUAUUAUGACUUAUGAGUAUGAUAUGAAGAGAAGACUAUAUGAUGGUCUACAGGCUGAUUAUCUACGUGAUAAGGUCGACAGGGAGUUAGGUGAUUCUACUAUUACGUUCGAUGAGUUCGUGCGUCUACUGACUGGCUAUGAACGUCGUCGAUUGGGUAGAGUCCGCCGUCAAGCUCUAUACAACCAAGUGGCAAAUGCCUAUUCAAAAUCGUCUAAUGAGUCUGGCAAAACUACUAAGGCUGGUGAGAACCCCAAGUCUAGAGGUUAUCCUAAUCCUAAUUCUCAGAAGGUUAAUACCGUCGUCGGUGAUGUCGACGAUGACUCUAACCUCGAUGCCCACGUCUAUGCUGUUGGCGCCGACUCUAUGUCUAUACAAUGUUAUCGUUGCACCGGCGUUGGUCAUCCGGCUAGACUCUGUCGAGGCAAGGUGAGCAAUUUAAGCUCAAGGUGCAACAAGUGCGGUAACUCUAAUCAUGUUACCGAUCAGUGCAAUGUUCCUGACAAGAGUCUCUAUUGUCAGAGAUGUCGUAAGAAAGGACAUCUAGCCUAUGUCUGUCGGGCCGACAAACCGGUCGAUGGUAUAUCUAAACCAGCUAAGAAGAGCAAUAAGAAGUCUAGUGAGGUUCAAGUUGAGAGCAAAAAGAAGCCUGUCAAGGACGAGCCCUCUACGCCGACUCCUAAUGCCAAGGUUACUAAUCCUAAGACCAAGGCCCAUCUAGUCUCACAUUCAAAGUGCUCUAAGUACAAUGCUCUCCACUCAUCGUCUCCCGACUCUACGGCAACAUCUAGUACGUCCAGCUCUAGAAUCUCAAUGGUUGUCGGUGAUCUGUCUAUCUGUGGUACUAUCCGGCCAGUACUCUAUGAUACAGGUGCAGACGUAUCACUAAUUGCAGUCUCUACACUGCGUCGUCUAACUAAUAAGGAGCUCCGCUUCGAUGAUCCUUCGGCUCUCGGUCAUAUUAAUGUCGCCAAUGGCUCUACCUUGUCAGUUCUCGGUAAAGUCGAGCUAGAGGUCGGAUAUGGCUCUACAUUCGUCAAGGACUCCUUCCUUUUGGCCUCUAAUGAACUCAGUACUCCAGUCAUCAUUGGUUGUUCUACGAUGGCUAAACUUCGUACCACUAUAAGUCUAUCGCCAGAAGGUAUCCAAGUCAUCAUCGGUGGUUCUACUGGUUCAUCUAAUGUUAACGCUCUAGAUCUUCUAGAUGGUCGCUUGUCUGUCAAGGAGAUGGAUUGGGCUAGGAAGGUUAUGGUUAUGCAGGUCAGUCACUACUCUAAGGUUGUGCCAAGUCUACGUGAUCUAUCGGUCAAGUCUUCGCUAACUAUCGAGUCCCUUGCUAGAGCCAACUCUCUAAGUGGUCCGAUUGGUCUUUAUCAAGAUCUCUAUCACGAUGCUAAGAUUUAUCCUACUAAUGAUAUGUCUAUUGGUAUGGAUGAUACUCUACUCGUUGACGAAUCGGAUAGAGAGUCUACAAGCCGUGAUCAACUUCCCCCUUGGGACGCUAUAUCUAGGUCAUGGGUCUACGACUCUAAUGCUCCAUUAGGUAGAGCCCAUACUGAGGUCCCCUGGAGGGAUGAUUCCCGUCCAGAGUAUAAUUUCUACUAUGCUGCUAAUUUAGCGGCAUAG